AAGAUGCACAUCGCCAGAUCUAGGGUUACGAAAUCAUUUUUUCACCUCCUUUCUCUUCACCUCAUACCAUCACAGGGUUUUCACUUUGGGGGAAACUUUGCAACAUUUUCAGAUUCGGCUGAUUUUCUCUCAUCAGGUGAAAUCAAGGAGGCAGUUGAGUUUCCUUUAACUCACCCUGAGUUAUAUGAAGACAUCGGUAUUAAACCUCCAAAGGGCGUUAUACUUUACGUAGAACCAGGAACAGGCAAGACAUUGCUUGCAAAGGUUCUUCCGUUUUGCUUUAUUUUUUGUAUUUGA